AUUUUUAAGCUGCGCUUGGUUUUUUUUUUCAAGCCACGAACCUAACAAAUAAAAUCGUCGUGUAGAACUAAACCCAGGGAGAGAGACAGAGACCGAAACAUUAAAAUGAGCUGGCUGCAGGCCUCAGGCUUAUUGCUUCUGGCCUGGGCAAUAAUGUCAACACAGGCACGUUCAAUUGCGAAAACAAAGAGAGAAAUCGAAAUCCCUUACAAAAAUGUGACAAAUAUGGAAAUGGAAUUGGAAGAAAACCCUAAGCCCACAAAAAAAGCAAUCACAAUUGACCCUGACAUUGUUGUUGGGACAGAAAGUGAGAGCAAGUUGGUAACAGAAAAAACUACAAAUGGAGAACAGCCAGCAGGAGAAACUACUACACCGUCAGAGUUCAAGAUUCCCGUAUUGGAGACCAAAGUAACAACACCACCACUUCAUACGACAACAGAAAGUAUGCCAAAUACCACAACAACGCGCUCCUUGGAUCAGGGACGUUCCAUGCAAAUUUUCAUGACAACUGAAAGAUCCUUUUCGGUUACUCCCAUGAAGCUGCAACCGUUGAUCAUCAGUACGACUGUUAGGUCUACUGCUAUGCCUGCUCAAGCAGCCUCUCAUGAAAAUGAUAUUGAUGACGAUACUAAAUCCACAACUUCCAUCAUUCUAGGGCAUCAGUUGCCGGAGAAAAGAGCUAAAUUUAUUAGUGAAAAUUCAACAAAUGCUCAACAAUUAAGUCCCGAAGUUUGGGGCUUGGCAGCCAUGAUGAAUGCAUUGCCCAAGAGUUCAACCACAUCGACUACCACUGAAUCCAUGUUGCCCAAUGAUAUUGAAACUCAAGAGAUUGAUCAAAUGAAAAACAUAACUGACCAACAUUAUGAGAAGAAUGUUUUAGAUUGGCAAAAUGUUGAGAAUAUGCGUGAGAAUCGAACUGAAUUCGUUGUUAGUACGACAUUAGAUGCCACAGAAGGAUCAGCCAAAGCAAUGGAAGAGACGACAGAAUCUUUGAGAAGUUCAAAAAUAACGGAGGCAGCUGACCUCAAUAUAACAACGGCUGGAACUACAACUGUUAAGCCUUCUGUUACCGCUGGCUUAACUGAAGAACCACUAGUUCAAAAGGUAACAAAACUAGCAGACACAUCGACGACAUCAACAACAACAACUAUUGCUAACGAUUUAGAUAAACUAUCAGAGUCAAUGGUGACAACAACUAGCACGGAAUCAACAUCAGAGGCUUCGGAUACUAAACUACAAUUCGUAGAAACUGCUCCUGUAAACAAAACUGAAACAAGUACUACGAUAGGCUUAACAGUAGAACCAGUAAUUGAAAAAUUGGCCACAUUAGAAGAAACGACAGCAACAGCAUUAAAUAAUUUGGACGCCGAGGCAAUAAACAAAACAGACGUGGUAGUAAAAAUUUCAACUAGCCCAGAAGAAGCAACUACCACAGAGUCAGCCAAGUUAAAUUAUGUUGAUUUGACACCAGCUAUAAAUUCUGAUUUAAUAAUAAACACAAAAAGCACCACGGAAUCAACAUCAACAACAACAACAACAACAUUGGAACCAGAGUCAGAAGUGGAACUAAAGCGCACUUCAGAUGUAACGACUACUCCUAAGCCGGACUUAACAGGCGAACCAGUAGUUCAUCGGUUAGCCACAGCUGACAUAACAGAGCCAGCAGCAACACCUACAACAACAACAGCAGCAUCAACAGUCAUUUCAAAUGAUUUAAAUUUGGCGGCAUCUACUCCACCAGCAAUACAAAUUUCCAAUGAAUUAAAACAAACAACAUCAACGACAACAACACCAACUUCAAAUGAUUUAUACUUAACAGCAGCUAAAAUGUUGGAGCUAACGGAAACAGCAACAACAACCACGGAGCCGUCAGCUGUAAUAGACAUUACGAAAAAUAUCACCACCCACAAUCAUAUCCACAUGCCAAACACAGAAACAACAACAACAACUAGCAAUGAAAUGGCAAUGAAAACAACAACGAUAACAGCGACAACGACAACAACGACAGAGGCUUAUGACGUCACUAGCAGCGCAAGUACGAACAAAGAUAGUGAGACGGCCAGUCAGCGAGCAACCGUCGAGCAGUUAAGUACUGCAACAACACCAAAGGAAAUCGCUCAAAUCAGCAAUGAAGUGGAAAUAACUACAGUGAGAAAUUUAAAAGAAAUCGAAGCUGAUAAAAUAAGUACAACAACAACAACAACAACUGCUAGAACAACAGUGGGUGAAACAGCUGAGAAAACCAAUAACAAUAAUAAUAAUAGUGAGAGUGAAGUGCCAGCAACAACUAUAAUACCAGGAAUAACAACAACAGCAACAACAAUUACUGAAAUAAUUGAUAACAGGCUGCAAAACUUAACAGAGGCAGCUCCAGCAGGUGCAAAUCAAACUCCCACCAUUGCAAAAAAUACUACAAGCAUUGGGGAAACUAAGGCAGCUGCAACAGACCUUUACGAUGAAGACAAUAAUGGAGCACAAGAAGAUGAUGUUGCAGAUGAUAAUGAUGAGGAUGUCAAAAGGCAACAGGUGGAUGUAGAUAAUAAUACUGUAAUGGCUACAACAACAACAACUCCAGUUCCGCCGCUGAUAAGUUUGUUAGACGACUCAACUAGCAGCACCACCACAACAACAACUUCAACGACUCCUUUACCUAGUACAAGUAUCAAAAUGCUUCCCGAAGUCACAGCAACCACCACAAAUCCUCCUCCGCCACCACCGGCCCCAACAACUCUUUCUCCCGUUUAUUCCUCCAGCCCUAAUCCAAGCCCAAGUCCCAGCCCCACCCCCAGUCCCCAGCCUAGCCCCAAGCCCACUUUAAUGCCUACACUCACCAAUGAAUUGGAAUUGGAUGCCAUUCAAACGGCUCAUCCUCAACCAAAUUCUCAAGGCACAGAUGUCAAUGUGAUUAUAGCCAUCACCGUAAGCGUUAUUGGAGUUGUGGCCCUUAUACUCUUGGUGGCUUUCCUCUAUCUAAUGCGUAAACGUCAAAAGCAAAUGUCCUAUGGCCAGAGAUGUCGUCCCGUUAGUCUUGAUGCCUAUUCCUUGGACAAUGUAUCUGUAUUGGGCAGUGUGCGUCGGAGUAAAGGUGGACGAGAUUUGCGGGCCUCCAAGCGUACAUAUGGCAAUGCUGCUUUCGAUGAUCCAUCGCUGCGCCACAAUUUGCUAUCGGCCCAUGAACUGGGAAAAUUUGUGACACAGCGUUCUACAUUAUUUGAAGAGUUUCGUGAUGUACCGCAAAUUAUAGCACGAGCGGAUGAGGUGCCAGCUGGUUGUGAGGAUAAAAAUCGCUAUGCCAAUGUCAUACCGCUUCCUGAGACGCGUGUAGUGCUCCAGCGUCAAAACGAUGAUGACAAAACGGAAUAUAUAAAUGCCAAUUAUGUGCGGGGCCCUCGAGAUGCUCCGAAUUAUUAUAUAGCCUGCCAAGCGCCGCUAGAAAGCACAACUACAGACUUCUGGCGAAUGAUCUGGGAACAGCAGUCGCGUGUUAUCAUUCAGGCCACUGAUCUCAGCGAGGAAGGCAUUGAGCGAUGCGCCGAAUAUUUGCCCCCCUCCGCCACAUUGGAUAAUCAUAGUAGUUAUGGCGAUUAUCAGGUGACAUUAAAAAAUCGUGAGGUCAAGGACAAGUAUGCCAUUUCGACGCUUAUGCUUAAGCAUGUGGACGGAGGUGAGGAGUGUCGUGAGCUGACUCAUUAUUGGUAUAAAUGGCCCGAGAGGGGUGUGCCUGCCGAUGAGGCUCCCAUUAUUGCCAUGUUGCUGGAGGCACGCUCCUCCCUCAAGACGUAUUGCCUGGAGGAGCAGCAGCAAGAACAAAAACAAAAAGAAAAGGAUGUCGAAACAGAAGCUGGCGGCAGCAAUGAGAUUAAUGGCAACAAUGUCAACAUUGUAAAAGCCACAGGACGUCAACAACAAGGACCGUUAACCAUUCACUGCUCUCCAGGUACUGGACGAACUGGGACAAUUAUAGCAUCGGACAUGGCCAUACGUAGUCUUGAGACACCCAAACGUUCAGUGGAUAUACCACAAUUGGUGUACUAUGUCCGACGAGGCAGAGCCAGUGCCGUUCAAACCAAGGAGCAAUACGAAUUUAUCUAUAAGGUGGCCAAUAUGUAUGCAACCAAAAUCACAAAUUUAUCGAAUGAUAACUGAGAAAGGGAGAAAGAGAAGUGGGAGGAACCGACAUCCAACCAAGAUUAACUCAUUCGAUCGUUUGAUCAGCUAAUCAAAUCCUUAUCAACGCUGUAUACAUAUAAUAUAUAGUAUAGUCAAAUAGUCAGUAUAAAUUAUAAAUUAUGUAGUAUAUAUAUAGCGUAUGUAGUUAUGUCGCUUUUGAAAGUUUAAAGUUUUUUUUUUAUUGUAAAAAAAAAGAAGUGUAUGUAUUCCUGUUUUAUUGUGAUAUAAUCGUACAUUUGAUAUCUCUUUAUAUGUAUCGUAUUUGUAUAUUGUAUUUGUAUAAUCUGUUGCAUAUUUAUAAAUGGUUUUUCUCUUUUGCUUUUCUUUGGCAAAAUAAAAUACUUUUUAAACGGCCAAUCAAUUAUGAAGCCCAUAUAUAUAUAUGUAUAAUGAAUCUUAUGUUAAACCAGCUUUAAUGUGUCGUUUAAGUUAAAACGAAAUUAAUAAUUAGCAAUAUUCCAAUUAAAUGAAAAAGUUAUAGUCAAAAUAAAACCCACAAGCGGAUUCAUAUGAAUUUUACUAA